CCCCCGGAUAUCAUAAGACUAAAACAGUGAGAGUUGCCAACACUAUACACAACCAUGAGGCCAUCAAGCAUAAGCUCACAGUGGUGGCAAAAUAUGACAGAUGAAAAGCUGUAAAGUCAGAACCUGGUCAUGCAUCUCUCUUCCUAUUUCCACAGUUUGAUCAAGGACUCCGCAACCUACUCCAGCCCCAGAACCAGUAACCCUUGUUUCUAUACUGCUUCAUCUUUAAGCACGUUGUUUACACAGGGAGGGAGCCAAUUUUCUAUUUUGUUAUAAAUCACUACUUGUUUUGCUUUGCCAUUGUGCUCUGUUUCAUUUUCAAGAAAAUUUUCCUGGAUUACAAAAAUAAGAAAUAAUGUUCCUAAAGCAACAGCACAUUCACUACAGCUGAUACAGAUGCAGAUCCAUCCGCACUUUCACAGCUCAUCUUUGUUAUCCCAUCCUUGCUACACCUAGCAUUUUUACUAUCAUUAUUGCCAAAAUGAUCUAACUUGGUCAAGUUUAACUUACUCCCUCUUUUGAAUAUUGCAGCUGAAUAUCAUUGUUCAAUUUCAUGUUCUCCCAUUAACAUAUUCAGCAGAAUUCUAGCACUUUCACCUAUACUUAUAAAGUGGCAUGUACUAAAUCACUUUUGAAUGCGUCUUUGUCCAUUUAUUCUCACUUCCUUGGCAGAACUAUAUGGUCAUUUACUCUUGGUGUUUGCUCAGUGAGAGGGUUGACCUGAUCCUAUCUGGGGUGUGCCACUCUUUCCCAGGAAAGAGAACCUGAAGAAGAGCUCUGUGUGAGCUUGAAAGCUUAUCUGUUUUAUUGGAUCAGCUUCUGUUGGUAAAAGAUUUUACCUCAUCCAUUUUGUCUAACAUCCUGGGACCAACACUGACUGAGAGUGACAUAAUUUGGUCCUUACUUUUCAGAGAUCGGUCUUAAUGCAACCCCUAAGUAAUGACUGAAUAAACAACCUGGUCCAAGCUCUGCACUUAAAGGCAAAUCCAGGCUCCAUGGCCUGCCCCAAGUAGCUAAGCUUGCUGCUGGGAAAGAGUACAAGGGGAGGAAUUCAUGUAUGAACUUUUGCCUUUGCUAGAAUAUAGGGAAAUCGCAUUUCCAGUUCAUUCAGUUCAAUUCAUUCCAAGUCCUUCCUCAGGGCUGCUGAGCAGCAGAAUUACUUCAUAAAUCAUUUGUAAAAUGAGUCCCAUUUAUAGAUACCCUGGAUUUUUUUUCUAUCCCUCAGCAUUUAAUUUUGUUUUUUUAAAGACUUGCAUUGGUUUAGCUGUGGUGUAAUCUCAGUAAUACACAUUCAUUUUUUAUCUAGGUUAAUAGUGUUUCUUUGGGGUUGUUAGAAGGGCUAUAAAAAUGGUAUUUUCCCCAAAGUGAACAGUUAAAAAAAGUCCAACCUUUAAAAUAUUGCCAGAUCUGACUCAACUAUUCAGGUCAUUUACAUACUUGAAUUCACAGAGUCAAAAUUCACCUCUGGUGCGUAAGACCACUACAGGCAAUGCAGCAACACCAGCAAUUAAGUUGACUCAGCUGUGUUCCUGAUAUGAAACUAGCUUUUAAGAAUGUUCAUACAACCAUGAAGAGAAUAUUUUGGCAUUUGGAGGAGGAUAAGGUAGUGGUUCUGUAGGUUUUGAUAAAAAGUUUAUCACACACUUAAAUGCAACAUGAAAGAAACCAAUGAGGUACUUGAAAUUUGAGCAUUCGAGAUCCUUUGGACUGGAGAUCUCUCUAGGACUUGAAGACUUUUUGGAAAAAUAUCCACACAAUAUAUGUAAUUGACCUGGGGGUAAGGCAUGGGUCUGUAGAGCUGGGUUCAAUUCCCAGCUACAGAUUUGCUGUGUCACUUUGGACAAGUCACUCAGAGUGGCACUACAAGUUAAGCAUGUGUGUGCUUUAAGCAAAUCAUAAAAAACAAUACUUUUUUUUAAAAUUGAAAAUGGAGAUGUUUUGUUUUAGGUAAAAAAUAGUCACUUCAUCUCUAUGUAAUCAGUUCCACAUCUGUAAAAUGGGUAUACUACUUCCUUUCUACUACCCUUAGGCUGCCUUUUCUAUUUAGAUUGCAAGCUCCUCAGAGUAGGUGAUCUCUCUCACUACAUGUAUAUUACUUCUCUAAUAAAAAUAUAUUUUUUGGUUGAAAAUAAUGUGCUGAAGCGGUCAAAGACACACUGUGCACACGAUCCACAUACAUUGCAUUCACACUGAUUCUCUCUUUUUGGUAUAUAUUUUCCGCUGUAUUAACACAGUAUUUAAAAUGUCCACUCCAUGCUGUGAUUUUAUCUCCUGUUGCCUAGAAAACUUCAUUUAUGGGCCAAGUUCUAUACAAGAGCCAGAGCAUAACAGCCUAAAGGGUAACAGCAUAAAAAAAAAUACAGGGCAAGGGGUUAUUUAAGGGACAACAGUUUAUGUAAUAUACAAUACCUUUGUACUACAGUGCACAAACACAUUGUGUGUGUGUGUGUAUAGUCCUUGCACACAUCCAUCCUUGUGUUACCAGAAGAGACUGGUGGAAUUGAUUUAAGGAUCUUACCUCCCUAAAAGGAUCAAUUCCCCUGUAGAGUCUAUCACCUAUUAGUCACAGGUCAAAUGAAACUUAGUCAUUUUAAAUGCUGAAAACAGGCAGGAGGGUUUAUUAAAAGGGUACAAAAUAUAGAGAAAAGUACAAUAAAGCAUAAAACAGCUUGGUGGUUUUACAAGUACAGCUGGCUUGAAGCCCAGACCCAACCCCUAACCAAUAUGGACACAACACAAAUAAAAUGUCAACAUUAUUCAGUUUCUAGGAAUGACAGCUCAGGUGUAGAGGGCUCACAAUGCUCUCGUCUGUCUUGCUUCUCAAGUAACUCAGGUCAAGACCUUGAGGACAGCUACUGGAAUCAGGAACUUGAGAUGGAACAGGAGGAGAUCUUCCUCGACAACAGACAACCAGAUGUUCCCACAUUUUGGAUACAUAUUUGUGGCAAUGUGAUGGCACAUUGUGGUACCCUUAGGAUACUCGCGUGAAAGGGAGUUAUUUCCACAGGUGAAUGCAAACUUGUGCCCUAUGCUAUGACAAAGGGGAAUGGAGAAGAAUGCAUUGCUCAAGUCUAAUACAGUAAACAACUCAGCACCUGGAGCAAUGGCCAUUAUUUCCUGAAAUUUGGCUACAACUGGAACUAACCUAGGUGUAACUCGAUUUACCUCCUGGUAGUCAGUCAGUCUCCAGGUGAAUUUGUCCGCUUUUAGUACAGGCGAUAUGGGAAAGUUGCAGACACUAUUUCUACAAGUACCCCUUGUUCUAAAAUGGACACCCCUGAAAAUAGCCCAGAUGUCCCUGACGAUGUGACAGAACCACCAGACAUUAGGGACCAGGACCUGGAGACUCAUUCACAAGCAGAACUGGAUUCUCUGCAACCAGAACAUGUUACCAAUGAUGGUGAGAUCAACACCUGGGUGGAGAUGGAGCAGCCAAACUUCACGCUGGCCCGAGCAGCUGAGACUGAGCUGGAGAAGAUGCGGCUGGAUAUGGAGCUGACUAUGCUGAAAUAUCAAUAUGAGGAGAAGGAAAAGCAGCGGCAGCACAAAGAGAAGAUGGAGCAGAUGUGCCUGCAGGCACCAUCUGGACAUCCUGCUGAAGGAUGCCAGGACCUCCUCAUGCCCCAGAACCAAUUUGCUUUGUUCCUGUACUGCUUCAUCUUCAUACACAUUAUCUAUACAGCAAGGGAACUGUUGCUCUUCUUUGUUAAGAAGCAUCACCUAUUCAUCAUUGUGGUUACCUUGUUAUAUUUAAUUAAAAAGCUCUGGGAUUAUGUGUGUUGCUCUUAGUUCUUCCUCUGCAAGGUCUACAUGGUUGAAGCCCGAUUGAUAUACACAAUGUUCUGAUAGUAAAUGGAUAGUCAUCAUAUACAUGGAUAAGAAAAGUGUUACAUGAAGCCAGAUUUUCAAGAGUAGCCACUGAUUUUUGAAUUACUUCAGUGUUUGUCUUAACUUCCCCAUGCCCUAAAUGUCACUGCUGUUAAUGAUAUCAUUGACUGACAAUUCUGCACAAUUGUCCCUAUAAUCCAGCACGGUUAGAAAUUAGACAUGCUAAUGAUUAGGUCACUAGAUUGCCCUUGUGGGAGCUAACUCAGCGUUAUUUCAUACAGUAUAUUCUCCAAUACUUUGUCCAGUUGCAUUUUAAAUGUUGCAGGCAAAAAAGACCUGCUUUUCCUGUGGGAAGUUAUUCCACAGUAUCACACUUCUCACCAUUGAGGAGUUUCUUCUGACUUUUCCAUUUCACAGUUUCAUGCCUUUAUUUCUAAUUACACUGCAGGGCUCAAAGUAAAACCACCACCAAAGGGGAAAACAGUCACUAGGCUGAGAAAGGGGUGUCAGGAGCACUCAGGGGAGAUGGGAUAGAGAGGAAGCUAAUGGGAGAAAGGACAUUAGUUACCAUUUCAAGCCGAUACCUUGUUGGGAAUCAGUGUAGUGUAGUGUGAAUCUAGUCUUCCUUUGCAUUUGCCAAAAUGCCCAAAAUUGAAACAAAGAGUGAAGUCAAAAUGAACUUUUUUUUAACUUUGAGUCACCAAAAAUUUUGGAAAAUUUC